AUGAGCUCCGAUGACACUGGGACCAACAAUGCAAGAUCCAUGCAGCAGAAUGUGGAAAAUUGCAUGAAACAAGUGCAAGAGUUCGUGGACACUGAGACUACUAAAUCCAUUUCUCUAUUUUCUGCUAAAACAAGGGCCAAUGAAGUUUGGCUGCAGGAGAUAACCGAGAAGUAUUCCACAAUCCCAGAUGAUGAAUUGAAGAAAUUGGAUGCUUUGAAGAAGGAUUAUCUUGAGAAAUUAGGAGAAUUGACAAAGAAGGUUGAAUAUUUUGAACAAAUGUGUGAUGAGUUGGAAGAAUUUCAAAACGAGUUAGAAAUCAAGACUAAAGUCAACACCAAUAGGCAAUCUAGAAUGAUGGAACAAUGA